UUAAAGCUUGUCCAGGCGGAUGGGACAGAUGGAAACUGCGUCACGUUUGUGUUGCAUGAUGAGGACCACACACUCGGCAACUCCCUCCGAUAUAUGGUCAUGAAGAACCCUGAUGUGGAGUUCUGUGGCUACUGUAUCACACACCCCUCUGAAAGCAAGAUCAACUUCAGGAUCCAGACCAGAGGGGCCCUUCCUGCUGUUGAGCCGUUCCGGAAAGGAUUGAAUGACCUGAUGGGUGUUUGCCAACAUGUGCUCGACACCUUUGAGAGGAGCAUGAAGGAAUACCGGGCCCAGCGGGAGGAGGAGAUGCAGUAG